UUUUUAUGGAGAGUAUUUUCCGACACAAAGUGAAUCAUCGCAUGUUGGCUGCAUGAAUGCCCAUGUGCCUGAUCAGAAUAAACCAGAACAAUUGAAAAAGAAGACAAUAUUUGGUGUAGAAAUCUCCGACAGAAAUCAUAAUGCAUCUGUUAUGACUUCAGAUGCACUUCCGCGGCCACCUGCUCCUCAAUCUAAUGUAGUCAAUUCUGAGUCAUCCUCCAUUUCAUCUUGGAAGAGGCCUCCAGCUAGCUUGAAACAGAAUGCAAUAUUUGUUCUGGGAAACCCUUGCUUUAAUACCUUUCCCGAAUCAAAUAAGAGUUCAACCACAUUGUUGCAUUGCCAUGAAGUUUCUGCAGAUGGGUCGAUUGUUAAUGAAAAAGUGGAUUUUAUCCCAAAACCAGGAGUUGAAUUGUCCUACAAAAAUGACAUCUCCCUCAUUUCUCAGUUGGAGUCCAAGGCAUCGGCUGGUCACUUGAAUGGACACAGUGAUAGUAAUUCUGCUUUUGAACAAGUUCCUAAACAUAAUCCUCCAAAUAACUCUAGGGGUUCAGGCUGGUCUGAGAAUAUAAAAUCUGCGGAGGAAGUAAACCUCAAUGCAGUACCUCCAAAAAGUUACCCAAUUGAAGCAAUUUCUGAUUCAAAUCUUAUUUCCAUUGGUAUUCCAAGGAUGGAAGAAACUCCACAAGGAGCAUUGUCAUGGAUGAAAACUAUUUCACAUUGUAAUGGAAAAUCUUCUGGUGAAAUGUCUGAUUCUCAUAAGGUGAAUUGGGAUUCGUUGCAAAGAAAAUAUGCUGAGCAAUUUGCUUGCAAUGGUGGAACAAUGAAGGGCCUCCAUCAAAACAUUGUUCAGGAUUCAUCAUCAGCAACAAAUGUGCAUGAUGCUGAAGAAAAGAGAAUUGGAGGUGAUUGUUCAAGCAAUAGGAAGAUUCUUGGUGUUCCCAUUUUUGAAAAGCCCAUUUCCAAAGAACUACCUUCUGCCAGCUCUGGCCUGAAGCCUGGUUUUUGUGUUUCAGAGACUAAUGAUGCUAACUCUAUUAAAGGCGGGAUACUUCAUACUGAUCUGAAUCAGGAUCCUAUGGAAUCUGAAUCCGUGGAGAUCCUAAACACAAACAGUUUAAAUGUGGCGAAGUGUUCAGUUGAUUGUAGAGCUGAUUUAAGACAUUCAAUUGAUUUGAAUGUGAGUGUGACUGAAGAAGAGGCUCAAGCUCCAAGAAACAAGGCCAGUAUUGCAAUUCAGAUAGAUUUGGAGGCGCCAAUUGUCCUUGAAAACAACAUGGACAUCGUGUCUGGAGAUGGAUUUCCGGAAAGCAAAUUUAAAGAACCAUUUCAGUCCAUAACAGAUGAAUCCAAGGACUUUCAUGAAGGCUUUUUGAUAGCUGCAGCUGAGGCUUUAGUGGACAUGUCACUGUCUGGUGUGCACCAGUUUCAAGAUGAUGCUCCGUGCCAUAUAUUGGAAGCUGAAGUGAAUAAUUCUCUUCAGUUGUUUGCAGAGAUAAUUUCUUCUUACAAGGGAUACAUUGAGAAUGAUGUUGGAUCACUUUCAGUGCACAAGGGUAAUAAUGAUUGUGAAGAUUCAAUACCAGACGAGGUUGAUUUUUUUGAGUAUAUGACCUUAAAUUUAACUGAAACCAUGGUAGAAGAUCAUGAUUGUGAACCUAUGGUUUUGGAAAACACAAAAGAUGAAACAUCAUUGCCAAGACGUCCUAGGAGAGGUCAGGCCAGGAGAGGAAGGCAGCGGAAGGACUUUCAAAGAGAUGUACUUCCUGGUCUUGUCUCUUUGUCCAGGAAUGAUGUGGCUGAGGAUCUUCAGAUGAUUGAAGGUCUGAUAAUAGCAACCGGUGGCACUUGGCAGUCAGUUUUGUCUCAGAGAAACUCCCCUAAGAGCAAGGCAGGAAGGGGGAGAAAGCGUGCAGCGAGUUCUGCUGCCUUUCCAACAGUAACUGCAGUGAGUCCACCGCAAGCUCAGCAGCCAAAUUGUGGAGAACUGGGACUUGAAGUAACAGGAUGGGGAAAGAGGACAAGGCGUCCUCCACGGCAGAGAUAUCCUUCCAAUAACCCUUUACCACACCAAUAGCUAGAGAGCAGGUCAUUUAAAUUCAGAAAUGAAUUGUCAUGGCCUUACCUGCCAAUAUUAUUCAUGCCAAGGUGAUUCAUUUUGUGUACUUGCCUUGUAUUUUCUGAAUCUGUACUUUGAACUUGUAUGAAUCAGGACACUUGUGGCUUCAGCUUCUUCCUCCUUGUUUUGGCAGAUCAAGAAAUCUUGAUGUUGAGACUUGCUUCAA